AUGGACGUCUCUUGUUUUCUUCUUGUGGAGGGAAGUGCAGAUUCUGAUGACGAGCCACAGCAGCAACUCGAUCAUCAUCGUCAUGGGUUCACCAAACUAUGUCGUCAUGAUCAUCACUAUGGAGAUGAUCAUGACGAUCUCCAUGACGACGAUGAUGAUGAUGAUGAUGUUGUUGUUAUUGAUGAUGCAGAGUCUUGUAGCUGCGAGGACGAUGAUGAUGGCAGCAGUACGCUAGAGCUCGACCUUCACCUCGACCGGAUUAAUGAUAAUCAUGAUCAUUGUCAGGUUGCAAUGGAGGAGGAAGAAGAAGAAGAAGAGAGAUCGAGUAAUAGUGUUAACAAAGAAGAGGGUAGGAAGGUGAUGGUGGUGAUGAGCAGAGAUGCGAUGGACAGAAUGGAAGACAGGCUCUUCUGGGAAACUUGCUUGGCGGUAGGAUACCCAAGCCUUUACUGA